AUGGGUGGACUUUUCUUCUUAUACGGUCAAGGUGGUUAUGGAAAAACAUUCUUAUGGUCAACUAUAUCAUGCUCAAUUAGGUCUAAAGGAGGUAUAGUUUUAAAUGUUGCUUCGAGUGGGAUUUCUGCACUUUUGUUGCUUAAUGGAAGAACUGCACAUUUAAGGUUUAAAAUUCCUUUGGCCAUAAAUGAGAAUUCUUUGUGUAGCAUUAAACAGGGAAGUCCUCUUGCAAGGUUAAUAUCCAAGGCCAAAUUAAUCACAUGGGAUGAAGCUCCAAUGAUAAGUCUAUCACCACACAAGUUGGUUCUGAAGGUUGACGCUCCUGUUAUGUUGCUGCGGAAUAUAGACCAAACUAAUGGUUUGUGCAAUGGAACGAGGAUGCAAGUUAGAAGAAUGGGAAAUCAUGUGAUAGAAUGCAAGACUUUAACUGGUAACAAAGCUGGAAGUAUUGUUCUUAUCCCAAGACUGAAUCUAAUUCCAAAUAAUGAAACAUUGCCAGUCAGGUUUCAAAGAAGACAAUUCCCAAUUAUCAUGUCAUUUACAAUGACAAUAAAUAAGUCCCAGGGACAAACUCUAUCGAAAGUUGGAAUUUACCUUCCAAUGCCAGUUUUCACCCAUGGUCAAUUGUAUGUUGCGUUAUCAAGGGUAACGAGUAAAGAUGGUCUGCGAAUACUGUUGCAAGAUCAUGGACACUUAGAAGAUAACUGUAUCAAAUGA